CCAGAGCCUGCGGGCUGGGCUCAGUUGCCAGGGCUCACUGAGGGGUGAGGAGCAGGAGGAUGGGCUGGGAGGGCCCCGGGCACCCGGGGCCCCGGUGGAAGCACCUGCUGGCUCUGGCUGCCAGUCUCCUCCUCACCUGUGAGCCAGGUACCAAUGGAACUGUGGUGCCCCCUAAGCUCCCCACAUCUGGAAGCCCCCCAUGGCUGAACAGUGACCUGCCAACCCCUAUGACGGUGUCUGCAGGGCCUGACGCGUCUGCGGCAGCCAGCACCAUGGAGCCAAGUCACGGAGAACACAGAACCACCACGUGGUCAACCAGUAGCCCCAGAUCUGUUGUGGUUCUGACCAGUUUGGGCCUGCCCACAAGAAGCUCAGAAAUGGACACAGCUCUCACACUCAUGAGCUCCAAGGAGCCCAGCACCAACCCCGAGUCCAGGCACACUGUGAGAUACUCUUGGGAGACUCCAACCGCAACUGUCCCCAUGAAGACCACUGUGGCGCCGGCUUCCCUUCAUGCCACGGUCACGGGGAGCGGCAGCCUCCCAUACCUGUCCCCAGGAGGGUCAGCACCAGUCACACCAGAGAAGACAGCAGCCACAGAGAGGACCUCAGUCUUUCUCCCGGAGGCUCAGGCCAGCCCCUAUUCUGGGACUACAGAAAGGACCACCGAGUCCUCAGGUGUGGUGUCCUCUGUCUUCCUAGAGACAACUCCUAAAGGUGCCACAGGGACUGGUCAGGAAAGCAGCUCAGCUGUGAUUCCAGAAACAACCGGAAUAAGUUUCUCCACGUGGCUUGGCUCCACCAGAGGGGCUACAGUGGACACACAGGUUUCUUUGAGUACAGCUUCCACUGGCACUGCUGACACUGCGACCAUUCCAGAGUCUGUGGCAAUUCGGAAGGAAGCCACGCGGUCCAUAGCAGAUAAAUCUGAACUCAUGGCUGAGCUGCCGGCCAGCCCCACAGUCAUCCUGUCCACUGUCCCAGAUGAAAAAGCAAUGGCAAUUGAACAACAGGGCCAGGCUUUCUCAUCUGCUGGCCCCAGGUCAGAGCAAGGAGCUGGGAGUGACCUGACACUAGAGGCCUCCCAUGAGGCCACAGAAACAUUGAGUGUAACCUCCAGAGAACAAACCACAUCAGCACCUCUGACCUCUAAAAGUCAAGCCACACUCAGCCUCGACGAUGGUCUGGGAAGAAAAACGAGCACUUUCCCACCUAUUACAUCCCUGUCAGAGGGGUCUGGGAGUUUGGGGGGUGUCACAGAUGUGACCAGGGGUGCUGCCUCUGCUCCCGGGCAGCUAUCUUGGGCUUCAGCUGCUGCAGAGGUAGGAAUUGCACAUGUAACCACCGUCUCCACUCCUGGCGUCAUCAGCUCCACCAGCUCCGAGGGAAUCAGCUCAGUCCCAGCAUCUGUGCCCAAGCUAGCAAGGGGUGUGUCUGCCCCAGUGCACCCUCCCCCCUUGUCACCCACAGCUGUCCCUGCCCCAACCUGGAACCCCGGGACUAGCACAGAUGAGGCUGCAGUCUUGGAGGUCACAGGUUCCCCUGCAGCUGUCUCUGCAGUGGGCACAACUGCAGCCUUGGCACCGAGCACUGAGCCCGGCUCUCUCUCUGUGCCCCAAGGCAUCACAGCUGCCGUGGGGAGCAGCCUGGCCAGGUCACCCUCACGCGCUUCUGCUGAGGAGAUGACAGACAGCACAAGGGUGAGAACGCCGAGCCCUUCAGCCACGGCUGCACAUUUGCCUUCCUCCAGGACUCACUCUCCUGGCAUCAGGGGGACGAGCGCCUCCGGCCCUGACAUUUUAAGUGGAAGUCAGACUUCCAGCAGACGAGACGUGGAAGCCGCGCCUGUUCCAACCUCUUCUACUCACACUCCACCUGCAGAGCCUGGCCCAAACGGCUCCCCACCCUCUCCUCUGUAUGACGCUCUGUCCAGUCCUCACCGGGGCACCGGGGGACCUGUGUCAUUCCCCCCCACCACUACCUCAGCUCCUCAGGGGGACACAACUCCUCAAAAGCUCCCCAUGGAGAACAAAAUCAGUCCGGCUACCUCACAACCGCCGUUAUCCAUGGGGGACGUCGCAAGUGGGGUCACGUCUGCCGCAGCGGUAAGCAGCUCUACAGUGACUUUAUCAGGGAAGCCAGAUCUUGGCAGCACAGAAGCGGGGCAGAGCUCUCCCCAGCUUCCCACCCCAAUGUCUGCAGAGCCAGGGGACAUGUCUGGGCCAGAAGCAGCAACUCUGGGUGUGAGCCCGCACGGAGGAAGAAGCCCAGAGCCAGCAGCCCAGGAGCAAGGGCCGAGGACUCCCUCAACACAGGCGGGAGCCGCUUCUGGUUCCUGGACUGCAGAGCAAGAGUCGGCCUCAGGCACCUCCCUGUACACGCUAAUGGUGCCGUCUGCUUCAGGAGAGCCCAGUCGGGCUGCCCGGCCCCCAGGUACAGACGUAGAAUCUGGGACAACUUUAUCUUCAAGUUGGGAAAACAGCACCCACCAGGGAGGAGGCACUACCAAGCCCACCACAGAAAAAGGGGCGACUCCUUCUUCUAGAAACAGAGCAGGGACCACACCAUGGGUGAGAGCUUCUGAACGCAAGCCUCUCCCAGCCCACGUGGGGCCAUUCGGGGCCACAUCGCCUGUGACUACCAACUCCACCAUCGUGACAACUGUUUCCACAUCAACGACCGUGUGGCCAGAAUCCACGGGGACCAGGACAGAGCUUUCUUCUCCCCUGAGCACUGACCUGAGGGAGUCCAGCAGUUCCAUAAAUUCUGACUCAACCACAGAGACCAGCAUCGUCCCUUCCCCAAGCUCUGCUGCUAUUACUGAGGGUUCCGGGACAGAAGCCACCACCUCCGGCAGACUCUCCAGACUAGACCCUGCUCAGGCCACAAGGUCAUCAGACAUGACCACGGAAGAAUCUGGAGGAAUUAACAUACACAGGCGAACAGGCCCUCCUGGGGCAACAUCACUGCGUCCACUUACCUUGGACACCUCAGCCACGUCCCCCUUGGCAGGGACUCACUCAGCUGUGACUCAGGAAUUUCCACACUCAGAGAUGACCCUUGUUGUGAGUGAAAGGCCUGAGGACGUGCCCCGGACAAGCCCUUCCUCUGUGGGAGAAGCCCCUGCUCCCUCUUCCCUGGCGCCUACCUCCACCGUACCCUCGCCUUCGCAAGCUUUGUUGACGUUACAAGGACAGCAUCCCUCCUCCCAUGUGUUGAGCACAAGCUUGGCACCUGGGACCAGCUCACCCCCAACUUUGAGCAAUACCACAAGUGAGAGAGGAGCUACCGACAGCACCUCCACAAGUGCAGGAGUUUACCCUUCCACAGACACCUAUCAGGACAACAGCUCAGGGGCACAGAGUGUUACCCAUUCCAGUGUGCCCCUGGCUGAUGCCACAGAUGUCUCCAGCACAGAGGGUCCCUUUUUUGAUAAGACAAUUGUGUCAGCCCUUACUCAGUCAGCAAGAUCCCCAGAUGUUUUCUCAGAAACCAACAAUAAACCCUCUGCUUCUGCUCCUUGGACGAUACUAACACAUACAAGCUUUACUACGCAGAUCAGUCUUUCUGGAACAACAAAACUGAAUGCACUUAUCUUGGGCACAUCAGCCCCAACCACUCAGGCAGAGACACAGGGUUUAACCCACUUGAAAAGGACCACACAUGUGAGCAGUGGUUUCAAGGAGGUGUCCUGGGCAAGUCUUCCCUCUGUGGAAGAAACCAGCUUUCCCUACUCACCACCACCUGGCACUGCCCCCGCCAGGCACAGAACACCCUCUCCUGAACCCACAACCCCAGUUCUCACUGCUGGGCUGAUGAACACCACAGACACGAUGGGUCCAAGCUUGGAAACUGGGACUAGUUUGUCUCAAAGAUGGAACCUCACCUCGGGGGAGAUACCAACAGUUUCUAAAGUCACCGUAGACAAAGAGAAAAUGUAUCCUUUCUCAAAAAUAGCAGUAACCCAUGUGGGGACCACCCAUUCAGGACACAAAUCACCUCACCUUCUCCCAACAGAGGCAGAAACUGGCCAAGCCACAUCUUCCAUGACAACUGUCUCCCCCGUGAGGGCAGACUCUGCUUCCACAGUGUCUACCUUAUCUGAGGCUGCAAGGACUGAGGCUGGGACUUUUUUCUCCUUAAAACCUCAAAUGAGUGAGACCAUUAUCUCCAAGGAGACCAGCUCCCCCACAGCAUCAAGCAUUGAUAUGAACACUGGCGUCACCGCUACGGUCUCCUGGACAGAAGUCACUUCUCCUGGGUCUGUUCAUUCCACAGCAUCAUCCCUGGUCUCCACAGACACCAUUCCCAGGCUGUCAACUUCCCAAAUCACAACAGAAUUGGAAGAAUCAACUAUCACUGCCCAAACAAAUCGUUCUGAAGUUACAUCACAGGCUAAGAUGGAUUUGGGUGCAAAAUCCACAACAUCCUGGCUAGGGACUGACUCGCCUGUGAAUCGGCAAUGUCUGCAGACAGGAACGACCACACCCAGGGUCUUCCCCUUUGUGGAGGGAACCAGCACGCCAUCUUCCCUGCUACCUUUACUGACAAAAUCUUUAUCACCCCCGGUUUCCUCCAUGUUACUAGGAAGUAACUUCCCCUCUCCAUCGGUGACUUCACUCCUCACCUCAGGCCUCCUGAAGACCACAGAUGCUUUGGACACCAGCCCAGAAAUUGGAUCUAGUUUACCACCCAACUGGAGCAGUCCAUCAGGCAAGAUACAGGCCACAGCUGAAGACACCACAAGCACAGAGGAAGAACACUCUUCAGUUGACACAGCCCUGACCCACGCAGGGGACACAGAAACAGGGCGUAGAUCCCAUUACAGCACACCAGUCACUUCAAAGUCAUCCAAAGCCACCUCUGAGAAAACAGAGAUGGAGAUAGAACAAAUAUUCUCCUUGACACCUGGACUGAGGGAAAGUAGCACCUAUGAGGAGGACAGCUCAAGGAGAGAAAAAAGUACUGUCAUCUCCGACGUGUUCUCGGGAGAUUCAGAUGAGGUCUCCGGGACACUGUUUCCCUUCUCAGUUAAAAUAUCUCCGCCACUCCCUACUCAGUCAGAAAGAACACUGGACAAUUCCUUAGAAACAGGCAGGAGCACUGGAACUUCCCUACCCUCGCCAGUAUCAAGCACUGUGACCUUCAGGACUCAGACACACCCCAGUGGGACUAACAACCCGAGUGCACCUGUCAUGGACACAAGAACCACAGAUAUUGGACACAAGAACCAAGCCGGGGCAAAGACCAAAUCAGCAUUGACUCAGGCAUUUCUGAGCAAAGAGAUGACAACACAUUCUGAAGAGCCGCCGGGCACUAGCAGUAAGACACCCGGGCAAGAGGACAGCUCCUCGAGCAGGACAGCCAUCGAUGACUCUGCUCAGUCUGUGAGCUCAACAGAUAUUGCCACCAGCAUCAAAAACACACUUUCCAUAACCAGCAUGGAGGUUACACCUGAAGCAGUGACCAUCACAAAAGAAACAAGACCCAUGGCUAGCACGUGGGAGGACGCAGUAGAUCAGGACAUAUCCACAGAUGCCCGCAGUGCGGGGCUUCUAUCAGGAGUGACUCAGAGGCCUGCACAUUCAGAGCUGACCACCACCAAAACAACAGGUCCUGAUGCUUUGUCCAGGACUGACCCUCCCACAUUGAGAGAGACAAAUGAGUCAACCAUCUCUGAGAGUGACCAUCAUGCGAACACACCAUUCCCAGGUUCCACCAAUGUCCCAUGGAGGGACACUUCGUUCCCAACUGCCGUGACCUCAGUUACCACUCCCGGCUCUGUGAAGAUCUCAGGCAUGAUCAGCACAAGUUCACACACUACAACUAGUUCACCCCCAAUUUUGAACAGCACCACAGUGGACACAGGGACGACUUCUGAGGCCUCCACAAAUACAGUGGCAACUAACCUCUUCCUAAGCACAGUGGAGACCAAUGUGGGUCUCUCCACCACUGGACAGGAGACCCUUCCCUCUCUUCCAGCUGAAUUAGAGUCUUCACCAUCUAUUGCAAUGGUGACUUCCUUCUCCAAUAGGGACCCAAAAAUUUUCACAUCAAUGUCUGCCUCUCCUAAUAAUGCAAUGAUUGACACACAGUCAGCAUCUUCCCUGAGUAGCACAGAGGAGACCAGAAGCUCACAGAAAGCCCAGUCAGUAACUGAUGAGUUGACCAUAACUUCUGAUGUUAAAACUGGUACUAAUAAUGAUAUACUCAGGACAAAAGAUCUCUCAACAAACAAUCCAUCCUUCCCUGACUGGUUUCAAUCCACAAUGUCAGCAGAAAUAUCUACAGUAGUAACCAACAGACAUUCUACCUCUGCCAUUAUGGUGGAUCCUGAAGAAAAGGCCAUCACUCAUCAAACAGGUUCCCCUGAGGCUACAUCACAGUCUACAGGAGACAUGGACACAUCAGCCACAGUCUCCAGUGCAGGGACUCACUCAGCUGUGACUCAGAGUUUUUCUCUUCCUCGGGUGACCACACUCAGGAGCACAGCUCCUGAUGACGUAUCCUGGACCAACCCUUCCUCUGUGGAAGACACCAAUACUCUAUCCUUCGCUGGGGCUUCUUCCAUUAUAACGUCAUCUUUUCCAGUUUCCACAUCACCAGAAAGUGACACUUCCUUCCCUACUGCUGUGACCUCAGUUCUCUAUCCCAGUCCUGUCAAGACCACAGGCAUGAUCAGCACAAGCUUCCGCACUACAACCAGUUCACCUGCACAUUUCAGCAGCAGCACAGUGCCAAGACUGACCACUGCUGAAGCCUCCACACAUACAGAGGCAACUCACCUCUCCAAAAACACAGCUGAGACUAGUGUGGAGAUCUCCAACUCUGUACAUGAAACACAUUCAGAGCCAGUGACUGGUACUCCUGCAACGGUGACUUAUUUCAACAAUAAGGAUAUGAGAGUUUCCACAUUAAUGACCGACUCUCUGGAAACUGCAAAUAUUGAGACACAGUCAACAUCUUCCUUGAGUAGAGUGGAGGAGACCAGCAGCUCCCAGCAGACCAGAACAAUCACAGAGCAGAGUACAGUCCUUUCAGAAGAGCCUACUGGGGCUCCUGGUGAGACGGUCAGGACAGAAGUCAUCACCACUGUGGACUCCACUCAGUCCAUAAUGUCACCAGACAUCCCCGCAGGAAUCAAUACCAGCUUAUUCACCACACUCACAAUAGAAAAACCAGGAGAUAACACCACAAUUGCCCAAGAACAUUCCUCUUUGUCUACAUCACAGGCUACACUAGACAUGGACACAUUAACCACAGCCUACCAUAAAGGGACUCACUCAGCUGAGACUCAGAGUUUUCCACUCUCGCUGGUGACCACACUCACAAGCACAGCUCCUGAUAACGUGUUCUGGACCAAGCAUUCCAUUAUGGAAGACACCAAUUCUCCAUCCUUCCCUGGGACUAGAUCCACCAUGAUAUCACCUUUUCUAGUUCCUACCACAUCACCACAGAGUUACAUUUCCAACCCGACUGCUGUGACCUCAGUUCUCACUCCCAGAUCUUUGAAGACUACAGACAUGAUCAGCACAAGCGCACACACUGCACCUAGUUCACUCCCACAUUUGAUCAGCACAACAGUGGACACAGAGACCACUUAUGAGGCCUUCAGAAAUACAGAGUCAACUCACCUUUCCCUAAACACACCUGACACCAAUGUUGGGACCUCUAACCCUGUGCAUGAAACUCAUUCCUCAUUCCCUGCUGAAUCAGAGUCUUUACCCACUACAUCUACAAUGGGGACUUCAUUCACCAAUAAGGAUAUGACAAUUUUCAUAUCAACCUCUGCCUCUCCAGAAGGUGCAGUGAUUGACACGCAGCCAACAUCUACCUUGAGUAGCACUGAAGAGACCAGCAGUUCCAAGAAGACUGAGGCAAUCACCAACAAGACCACAGUACCUUCUGACGUUACAACUGGUACUAAUAAUCAUAUGCUUGUGACAGAAGAUCUCUCCUCUAACAGUCCAUCCUUCCCUGGCCCUCUUCAAUCCACAGUGUCAUCAAACAUCCCUACAGUAGUCAGCAGCAGAAGUUCUAUCUCUACCAUUAUGUUGGCAACUGCAGAAAAGACCUUCACUCACCAAACAGGUUCCCAUAAGGCUAUAUCACAGGCUACACUAGAAAUGGACACAUCAACCUCAGCCUCCAGUGAAGGGUCUCAUUCAGCUGCAACUCAGAGUUUUACACUCUCAGAGAAGAAUACUAACAAGAGCACAGGACCUGACAUGUCCUUGACCAAGCCAUCCUCUGUAGAAAACACCAGUACUCCAUCUUUCCUUGAACCUACAUCCACCAUGUCUUCACCUUUUCCGGUUUCCACCACAUCACCAGAGAGUAACACUUCCUUCCCUACUGCUGUGACCUCAGUUCUCUAUCCCCGUCCUGUCAAGACCACAGGCAUGAUCAGCACAAGCUUCCACACUACAACCAGUUCACCUGCACAUUUCAGCAGCAGCACGGUGCCGAGACUGACCACUGCUGAGGCCUCCACACAUACAGAGGCAACUCCACUCUCCAAAAACACAGCUGAGACCGAUGUGGGAAUCUCCAGCCUUGGACAUGACACCCUUUCCUCUGGUCCAGCUCAUUCGCAGCCAGUGACCAAUACUCCUGCAAUGGUGAUUUCUAUAACAAAAAAGGACAUGACAAUUUCCACAUCAAUGUCUGACUUUCCAGAAACUGCUAAGAUUGAGACACAGUCCACAGUUUCCUUGAAUAGCACGGAGUUGACCAGUAACUAUGAGCAGACCAGAUCAACCACAGGGCAGAGUACAGUCCAUUCAGAAGUGCCCACUGGGACUCCUGGUGAGAAGGUCAAGACAGAAGUCAUCACCACUGGCAAUAUCAUGGACUCCACUCUGUCUACCAUGUCACAAGACAUCCCCACAGGAAUCAUCACCACACUAUCCAACUACUCCAAUGAGGAAAAAUCAGGAGAUAUUAGCACAACUGCUAAUUUAGGUUCCCCUUUGGCUACAUCAGAGGUUACACUAGACAUGGACAUAUCAACCAAAGCCUCCCAUGAAGGUACUCCUUCAGCUGAGACCCAGAAUUUUACACUCUCAAUGGUCACAGCACUCACAAACACAGCUCCUGAUGAUGUGGCCUGGACCAAAAUUUCAACUGUGGAAGACACCAAAACUCCAUCCUUGCCUGGGGACAUUUCCACCAUGACAGCAACUUUCAGAGUUCCCACAACAUUACCAGAGAGAGAUACUUCCUCCCUUGGUGCUGUGACCACAGUUCUCAGUCCCAGUACUGUGAACAUGACAGGCAUGAUGAGCACAGGCUCACACCCUACAACCAGUUCACUUCCACAUUUCAGCAACAGCACAGUGCAGAGACUAACUGCUAAUGAGGCCUCCACAAAAAUAGUGGCAACUCACCUUUCCCUAAACACAGCUGAGACCAAUGUGGAGAUCUCCACCCCUGGACAUGAAACCCUUUCCUCGCUCCCAGAAGCAUCAGAGUCUUCACCCUCUAUUCCUGCAAUGGUGACUUCUUUCAUCAACACGGAUUUGACAACUUUCACAUCAACUUCUACCUCCCCUGGAAGUACAAUGAUUGACACACAGUCAGCAUCUCCCUUGAGUAGCACAGAGGAGACCAGCAGCUCCCAGAAGACCCAGUCAGUCACCCACGGGACCACUGUACUUUCUGAACUUACAACUGGAAGUAAAGAUAUGUUCAGUACAGAUCUCUCCUCUAACAGUCCAUCCUCCCCUGGCCCUCUUCAACCCACAAUGUCAUCCGACAUCCCUACAGUAGACACCAUCAGACAGUCUACCUCUACCAUUAUGUUGGAAACUGCAGAAAAGGCCAGCACUCAGCAGACAAGUUCCCCUGGGGCUGCAUCACAGUUUACACUAGAAACAGACACAUUGACCACAGCCUCCAGUACAGUGAGUCACCCAGCUGAGACUCAGAGUUUUACACUCUCAGAGAUGAAUACUCACAGGAGCAACGAACCUGCUGAUGUGUCCUCAGCUAAGCCUUCUGCUGCUAAAGACAUCAGUACUCCAUCCUUCCUUGAGCCUACAUAUUCCAUGUCCUCAGCUUUUUCAUUUUCCACCACAUCACCAGAUAAUGACACUUCCUUCCCUACUGUUGCGACCUCAAUUCUUACUCCAAGUCCUGAGAAGACCACAGGCAUGAUCAAAACAAGUGUACACACUACAUCAAGUUCACCUCCACAUUUCAGCAGUAGCACAGUACAGAGACUAACUACUACUGAGCCCUCCACAAAUACAGUGGCAACUCACCUUUCCCUAAACACAGCUGAGACCAAUGUGGAGAUCUCCACCCCUGGACAUGAAACCCUUUCCUCGCUCCCAGAAGCAUCAGAGUCUUCACCCUCUAUUCCUGCAAUGGUGACUUCUUUCAUCAACACGGAUUUGACAACUUUCACAUCAACUUCUACCUCCCCUGGAAGUACAAUGAUUGACACACAGUCAGCAUCUCCCUUGAGUAGCACAGAGGAGACCAGCAGCUCCCAGAAGACCCAGUCAGUCACCCAUGGGACCACUGUACUUUCUGAACUUACAACUAGCAGUAAAGAUAUGUUCAGCACAGAUCUCUCCUCUAACAGUCCAUCCUCCCCUGGCCCUCUUCAAUCCACAAUGUCAUCUGACAUCCCUACAGCAGACACCACCAGACAGUCUACCUCUACCAUUAUGUCAGAAACUGCAGAGAAGGCCAGCACUCAUCAAACAGGUUUCCUUGAGGCUACAUCACAGGCUACACUAGAAAUGGACACAUCGACCACGGCCUCCAGUACAGUGAGUCACCCAGCUGAGACUCAGAGUUUUACACUCUCAGAGAUGAAUACUCACAGGAGCAACGAACCUGCUGAUGUGUCUUCAACUAAGCCUUCCUCUGUUGAAGGCACCAAUAUCCCAUCCUUCCAUGAGCCUACAUCCACCACGACUACACCUUUUCCAGUUUCCACCACAUCAUCAGAGAGUGACACUUCCUUCCCUACUGCUGUGACCUCAAUUCUCACUCCCAGGCCUGAGAAGACCACAGGCAUGAUCAGCACAAGCAUACUCCCUACAAGUAGUUCACCUCCACAUUUCAGCAGCAGCACAGUGCAGAGACUGACUACCAAUGAGGCCUCCACAAAUACACAGGCACCUCAGCUCUCUAAAAACACAGCUGAGACCAGUGUGGGGAUCUCCAGUCCUGGACAUGCCACUCUUUCUUCUGCUCCAGCUUAUUCAGAGCCAGUUACUGGUACUCCUGGGAUGGUAACAUCUUUCAACAGUAGGGAUUCAACAGGUUCCAUAUUAAUAUCUGAUUCUCAGGGAACUUCAAAGAAUGAGGCACAGUCAACAGCCUCCUUGAGUAGCACGGAGACCAGCAGCUCCCAGAAGACCAGUGCAACCACAGAACAGAGUACAGUCCUUUCAGAAGAGCCCACUGGGACUCUUAGUGAAAAAUUAAGAAUAGAAAUCAUAACCACUGGCAACAUCAUGGACUCCACUCAUUCCACAAUGUCACCAGAUAUGCCCACAAGAAUCGUCACCAGACUAUCCACCUCUCACACUGUUGGACCACCAGGAGGUAUGACUACUACUACCCAACCUGGUUCCCCUUUGUCUACAUCACAGGCUACUCUAGACAUGGACACAUCAACCACAGCCUCCUAUGAAGAUACUCACUCAGCUGAGACUCAAAGUUUAAUACUCUCAGUGAUGACCACACACCUGAACACAGCUCCUGAUGUGUCCUGGAGCAAAUAUUCCUCUGUGGAAGACACAAAUACGCCAUCCUUGUCUGGGGACAUUUCCACCACGACAGCACCUUUUAGAGUUCCAAACACAUUACCAGAGAAAGGUACUUCCUCCCUUGGUACUGUGACCACAGUUCUCAGUUCCAGUACUGUGAACACGACAGGCAUGAUGAGCACCAGUUCACCUCCACGUUUCAUCAAUAGCACAGUGAAGAUGCUGACUGCUACUGAGGCCUCCACAAAAACAGUGGCAACUCACCUUUCCCUAAACACAGCUGAGACCAAUGUGGAGAUCUCCACCCCUGGACAUGAAACCCAUUCCUUGCUCCCAGAAACAUCAGAGUCUUCACCCUCUAUUCCUGCAAUGGUGACUUCUUUCAUCAACACGGAUUUGACAACUUUCACAUCAACUUCUACCUCCCCUGGAAGUACAAUGAUUGACACACAGUCAGCAUCUCCCUUGAGUAGCACAGAGGAGACCAGCAGCUCCCAGAAGACCCAGUCAGUCACCCACGGGACCACUGUACUUUCUGAACUUACAACUAGCAGUAAAGAUAUGUUCAGUACAGAUCUCUCCUCUAACAGUCCAUCCUCCCCUGGCCCUCUUCAACCCACAAUGUCAUCCGACAUCCCUACAGUAGACGCCAUCAGACAGUCUGCCUCUACCAUUAUGUCGGAAACUGCAGAGAAGGCCAGCACUCAGCAGACAAGUUCCCUUGAGGCUGCAUCACAGGCUACAUUAGAAACGGACACAUUGACCACAGCCUCCAGUACAGUGAGUCACCCAGCUGAGACUCAGAGUUUUACACUCUCAGAGAUGAAUACUCACAGGAGCAAUGAACCUGCUGAUGUGUCCUCAGCUAAGCCUUCUGCUGCUAAAGACAUCAGUACUCCAUCCUUCCUUGAGCCUACAUAUUCCAUGUCCUCAGCUUUUUCAUUUUCCACCACAUCACCAGAUAAUGACACUUCCUUCCCUACUGUUGCGACCUCAAUUCUUACUCCAAGUCCUGAGAAGACCACAGGCAUGAUCAAAACAAGUGUACACACUACAUCAAGUUCACCUCCACAUUUCAGCAGUAGCACAGUACAGAGACUAACUACUACUGAGCCCUCCACAAAUACAGUGGCAACUCACCUUUCCCUAAACACAGCUGAGACCAAUGUGGAGAUCUCCACCCCUGGACAUGAAACCCUUUCCUCGCUCCCAGAAGCAUCAGAGUCUUCACCCUCUAUUCCUGCAAUGGUGACUUCUUUCAUCAACACGGAUUUGACAACUUUCACAUCAACUUCUACCUCCCCUGGAAGUACAAUGAUUGACACACAGUCAGCAUCUCCUUUGAGUAGCACAGAGGAGACCAGCAGCUCCCAGAAGACCCAGUCAGUCACCCACGGGACCACUGUACUUUCUGAACUUACAACUGGAAGUAAAGAUAUGUUCAGCACAGAUCUCUCCUCUAACAGUCCAUCCUCCCCUGGCCCUCUUCAACCCACAAUGUCAUCUGACAUCCCUACAGCAGACACCACCAGACAGUCUACCUCUACCAUUAUGUCAGAAACUGCAGAGAAGGCCAGCACUCAUCAAACAGGUUCCCUUGAGGCUACCUCACAGGCUACACUAGAAAUGGACACAUCGACCACGGCCUCCAGUACAGUGAGUCACCCAGCUGAGACUCAGAGUUUUACACUCUCAGAGAUGAAUACUCACAGGAGCAACGAACCUGCUGAUGUGUCUUCAACUAAGCCUUCCUCUAUUGAAGGCACCAAUACCCCAUCCUUCCAUGAGCCUACAUCCACUACGACUUCACCUUUUCCAGUUUCCACCACAUCAUCAGAGAGUGACACUUCCUUCCCUACUGCUGUGACCUCAGUUCUCACUUCUACUCCUGAGAAGACCACAGGCAUGAACUACACAAGCAUACUCUCUACAAGUAGUUCACCUCCACAUUUCAGCAGCAGCACAGUGCAGAGGCUGACUACUAUUGAGGCCUCCACAAAUACAGAGGUGACUCACUUCUCCAAAAACUCAGCUGACACCAAUGUGGGUAUCACCAACCCUAGACAUGACACCCUUUCCUUUGCUCCAGCUCAUUCAGAACCAGUCACUGGUACUCCUGAAAUGGUGAUUUCUAUAACCAAUAAGGAUGUGACAAUUUCCACAUCAAUGUCUGACUUUUCAGAAACAGCAAAGUUUGAGACACAGUCAACAUCAUCCUUGAGUAGCAUGGAGGAAACCAGCAGCUCCCAGCAGACCAGAUCUAUCACAGAGCAGAGGACAGGCCUUUCAGAAGUGCCCACUGGUACUCCUGGUGAGAAAUUCAGGACAGAAAUCAUCUCCACUGGCAACAUCAUGGCCUUUACUCAGUCCACAAUGUCACCAGACAUCCCCACAGGAAUUGUCUCCAGACUAUCCACCUCUCACAGUGUUGAAUCACCGGGAGGUAUUACCACAACUGCCCAAGAAGGUUCCCCUUUUCCUACAUCAAAGGCGACACUGGACAUGGACAUAUCAACCACAGCCUCCAAUGCAGUGACUCUCUCAGCUGCCACUCCAAGUUUUACACUCUUAGAGAUAAAUACUCACAGGAGCAAUGAACCUGUUGAUGUGUCCUCAACUAAGCCUUCCUCUGUCGAAGACACCAAUACUCCAUCCUUCGGUGAGCCUAUAGCCCCAACCUCAACUUUUUCCAUUUCUACCACAUCACCAGAGAGUGACACUUCCUUCCCUACUGCUGUGACCUCAAUUCUCACUCCCAGUUCUGAGAAGACCACAGGCAUGAUCAACACAAGCAUACUCCCUAUAAGUAGUUCACUUCCACAUUUCAGCAGCAGCACAGUGCAGAGACUGACUACUACUGACGCCUCCACAAAUACACAGGCAACUCACAUCUCUAAAAAUACAGCUGAGACCAGUGUAGGGAUCUCCACUCCUGGACAUGACACUCUUUCUUCUGCCUCAGCUCAUUUUGAGCCAGUGACUGGUACUCUUGCAAUGGCAACAUCUUUCAAUAGUAGGGAUGGUACAGUUCCCAUAUUAAUGUCUGACUCUCCAGAAACCGCGAAGAUUGAGACACAGUCAACAUCUUUCUUGGGUAGCGUGGAGGAGACCAGCAGCUCCAAGCAGACCAGAUCAACCACACAGCAGAGUAUAGACCUUUCAGAAGUGCCCACUGGGACUCCUAGUGAGAAGGUCAGGACAGAAAUCAUCACCACUGGCAACGUUAUGGACUCCACUCAGUCCACAAUGUCACCAGCCAUCCCUACAGGAAUUGUCACCAGACUAUCCACCUCUCACAGUGUGGAAUUACCAGGAGAUCUUACCACUACUUCCCCAGCAGGUUCCCCUUUGUCUAUAUCACAGGCUAAACUGGACAUGGACACAUUGACCACAGCUGCCCAUGAAGGUACUCACUUAGCUGAGACUCAGAGUUUUCCACUCUCAGAGAUGACCCCUCACACGAGUAGUGGUCUUCAUGUUUUCUCAUGGACAACCCCUGUUUCUUUUGAGGAAACUACUUCCUCUGUCCUUUUAUCUCCUGGUACUACACAUUCUUCUGUUUCUCCAACAACAUCAAAUGAUAGCCCUUUCUUCUCAUCUCCAGAAACCUUGCUUAUCACCUCUGGCCUUGGGAAGCUCUCAGACGUGUUGGGUACAAGUUUGGGAACUGGUUCCAGUUUAUCUCCAGAUAUGAGCAUCUCCACUGUUAAGAGUCUGAUUUCAUCUGAAGCUUCCACAAGUACAGGGAGUGUUCAUGUUCCCACGUUCCCAGCUGUAGCCUCUGUGGAAACCACCAGUUCUGGAUAUGAACAACUUUCCUUUACCCCAUACCCAAUAGGCACUGCCUCUUCAGUGGAGGUGACCACUGUUUCCACAUCAAUACCUGCCUCCCUUGAGACCACAACUCUUGAGACAGAGUCACUUUCUUAUCUGACUCUUGAACCAAGGGAAACAAGUGUAAAUCUGGACUCCAGCUUAUCCACCUCCACAAACGCACCUUCAUCUCCUCUGUCCACUUAUCUUUUCCAACGCCUUAAGACUGAUGCCACCUCUUCUGGGAAAAUAUUAGUAUCAGACCAGCCUUCUUCUUCACAGAAUACUGAAAUUUCUCUGGAAACCCACUUUUAUGUUUCUCAUUCAGUAACAGAGUCUGGUCUUGCAACCCCCUUUUCAAAACCUGAGCAUUCGGUGCCUGUACCAGAAAGUACUCAUAGCCCGAGCAAAGUCAUUCUGUCUUCACCUGGACCUACUUUGGUUGACACAUUGAACACUGCUCUGUCAGAGGCCGUGAGUUCCUUGGCUACUACUGGCAUUUCAGGUGCCAGUUCAGCUGCAUUCUCAGAUAGUCCAUUUUCCAGCACAGAAUCAGGAUCUGGGGAAAUUACCAUUUCAGAAAUCCUACCUUCAUCGGGUUCAACAUCAUUCUCCUCGCCAAGCUUCAGUAGCAUUGACUCUUCAGUUGUCCCAGCCUUCCGUGAGACUUCUUCACCAAGUACCCCACUUAUAAUGGAUACCAACCUUGAGGCAGAGACCAUUACUACUGGAAGACCCUCAGUUACAGUCUCUACUUUGGAGACUUUGACCAAGCCAUUCAGGACACACUUAUCAACCGUUAUGGAUACUGGAAUGACGGAGAGUAUUGACGUGGGAACAGUGACAAGUGUUUCUCAAGUUCUUCCAAACUCAACACAGUUGACAAGAACUGAUGGCGUCACUGAGCACUUCACAGAGUCACCUAAUGAAGCAGCACAUGGAGGCACCACAGAACCAUCUCAUGUCCUGGAAUCCACAUUAUCGGCUAGUCUUAGAGGACUACCUACAGGAGGGACAGAGAGGGUCGAAACCACGGUCACAGCCCUGGAAACCACCUCCACAGCAACCGCUGCUUCCUCUCCCGGGAUGCUGACCCUCCUGGGAACAUCAGAUCAUACAGCCGGCAUGAGUCCACCAGGAAUGGUCAUCACCACCACAAGUGCGUCCCCUGAUGGUCAAGAUAUGACAGCCUUGGUGGCUACUGAACCUGGUGCAGGAACUAGCACAGCAGGUGCCGGGACAACCCCAUUUGUCUCCAGUCAAGGACCAGAGACCACACCCUCACCAGUCUCCGCUUCUGAGACAGAGACCAGUGCCGCUGUCCGCGCUCCCACUGUGUCCUUUGGAGAGCCCAAAGCUUCAACCUCCAGGGUCACCCAUGCUACAGGGACAGCCCUCACUGCUUCUAGGGCAACCCCGAAUGUUUCCCAUGGUAAAUCAGGCAGCACAUUCCCAACAGAGGUUGCCACUAGGGGAGAGGCCACUUCAGCGGUUUCAAUUCCAACGGUUUCUCCUGGUCUGCCAGGGACAGAGAACUCAUGGGUUCCCAGUCCUGGAGCAGAGACAAGUGCAGUUACUCCAGCACUGACCGAUGCCCUGGGUCAGCCAGAGACCUCGGCCCCACAGGUUCCCUUUCCUGGUCCACAGAGUAGCUCGUCCAUUCCAUCUGCAGCUGCUUCCCCUGGUGUCCUAGGACUGGCCACUUCCCCAGAUACCAGACAGAGGGCAGAGACUAGCCCAGCUGUUCAAACACUGACUUUUUCAUCUGGUAUAUCAGGGGUGGACAUGUCACUGGCCACCGGUUCUGGGGCAGAGAAGACCAGUGCAACUCUCAUGACUCUGACCGAGUCCCCAAGUGAGUCAGAUACAACAGCCUCAUGGGUAUAUUCUGCAAAGCCCAGCACUCCUGUUUCCAGAACAAUCCCAAGUGUUUCCAGUACCAAAUUGGACACCACAUCUUCAGUAGCCACCAGUCCUGGAGAGGAAGCCAGUUCCACCAGCGUGCCAGCAGUGGUGACCUCAGUCGUCGCUAGUUAUGGGACGGGUUCCAGCAACCCUCUGUCAGCUCUGACUGAGUCCCUGCAUGAAUCAGAGACAACAGCUUCCUUGCACACUCGUCCUGCAGAGUCUAGCCCCACAGUCCCUGGGACAAACCCUGACUUGUUCCAUCAUGAAGCAGAGAGCUCACCCUCAGCAGUCACCAGCCUCGGGACGGAAGCUAGCUCAGCUAUUCUGACCACGCCUGUCUCCCCUGGUGUGCCUGCCAUGGUGACUUCGCAGGCCGUGAGCCCUGGGGCAGACACCAGCACAGUGGUGCCAACCCUGACUCUUUCUCCUAGAGAACCAGCAGCCACAGCCACGUGGCUCACCCACUCCAAGGCUCAGCCCAGCUCGGCCACCCCCACACUAAUGGGCUCCCCCACUGUACCAGGCGUGUCACCCAUCACCAGUUCUAGGGCAGAGACCACUUCAAGUUUUCCAACUCUGACUGUGUCCUCACACAAACCAGAGCCAACAACCCCAGGGGUGGGCCAUUCUGGGACAGAAGUCAGUCACAGUGUCCCGACUCCGACUGUCUCCUCAGGGGAGCCAGACACAACAGCUUCGUGGGCCACCCGUUCUACAGAGACCAGCCCAACGGUUCCCGGGACAAACCCCAGUGCCUCCCACAGUGAGUCAGGAAGCACCCCCUUGACAGUUACCCACCCUGGGGUGGAAGCCAGUUCUGCUCUUCCUACUCUGACUGUUCCCCCCGUUUUACCAGAUACAGUAACCUCACAGGUCACUAGCUCUGAGACAGUUGUCAGUACGGCUGUGCCAACUCUCCCUCUUGCUCCUGGAAAGACAGCGACCACAGCCUUAGUGGCUCCGCAUCCUGGGGUGCAGCUCAGCUCAACCAUUUCAACUCUAGCUGUGUCCUCAACCAUGCAAGGACUGGGGACCUCCCUGCUCACCAGUUCUGGGGCAGAGAACAGUACAAACUUCCCAACUCUGACUGCCUUGUCACGUGAACCUGAGACCACAGCAUCAUGGGUCACCCAUUCUGGAACAGAAAUUAGUUUUUCUGUUUUAGCUCCAACUGUGUCCACAGCUGAGCCAGAUACAGGAGUCUCAUGGGUCACCCAUUCUGCAGAGACCAGCACACCUGUUUCUAGAACAACUUGGAAUUUUUCUCCCGGGGAAUCAGAAACCACAUUCUCAACAGAAGUCACUUCAGCCAUUCCAAGUACAGCUGUCAUCCCUCGUGUGACCUCACUGGUCAUUAGCACCUCACCAGUCACUGGCACCUCAUCAAUCACUACCACCUCACCAGUCAGUAGCACCUCACUGGUCACUGGUGCCUCACCAGUCACUGGCACCUCACCGGUCACUAGCACGUCACCAGUCACUGGCACCUCACUGGUCACUGGCAUCUCACCAGUCACUGGCACCUCACUGGUCACUAGUGCCCCAGAGGUCAUUAGCACCUCACUGGUCACUACCACCUCACCAGUCACUAGCACCUCACCAGUCACUACCACCUCACCAGUCACUGGUGCCUCACUGGUCACUAGUGCCCCAGAGGUCAUUAGCACCUCACUGGUCACUACCACCUCACCAGUCACUAGCACCUCACCAGUCACUACCACCUCACCAGUCACUGGUGCCUCACUGGUCACUACCACCUCACCAGUCACUGGCACCUCACCAGUCACUACUGCCUCACUGGUCACUGGCACCUCACCAGUCCCUACCACCUCACUGGUCACUAGUGCCCCAGUGGUCACUAGCACCUCUCUGGUCACUACCAGCUCACUGGUCACUGGCACCUCACCGGUCCCUACCAUCUCACCUGUCACUAGCACUUCGCCAGUCACUAGCACCUCCCUGGUCACUACCACCUCACCGGUCACUGGCACCCCACCAGUCAUUACCACCUCACCAAUCACUGGCACCUUACCAGUCACUACCAACUCACCAGUCUCUAGUGCCACAGUGGUCACUAGCACAUCACCAGUCACUGGCACCUCACCAGUCACUGCCACCUCACCAGUCACUGGCACCUCACCAGUCACUACCACCUCACUGGUCACUGGCAUCUCACCGGUCACUACCACCUCACCGGUAACAAGCACUUUGCCGAUCACUAACACCUCACUGGUCACUACCACCUCACCAGUCACUGGCACCUCACUGGUCAUUACCACCUCUCCAGGCACUAGUGCCACAGUGGUCACUAGCACCUCGCCUGUCACUAGCACCUCGCCGGUCACUACCAUAUCACCAGUCACUAGCACUUCGCCGGUCACUACCACCUCGCUGGUCACUGCCACCUCACCAGUCAUUACCACCUUGCCAGUCACUAGUGCCACAGUGGUCACUAGCACCUCGCCGGUCACUACCACCUCACCAGUCACUGGUGCCUCACUGGUCACUAGUGCCACAGCAGUCACUACCACCUCACCAGUCACUAGCGCCACAGCAGUCACUAGCACCUCGCUAGUCACUAGCACUUCGCCAGGCACUACCACCUCGCCAGUCACUAGCACCACAGCAGAGACCAACACGUCUUUUCUAGCUCUGAGCAAUUCCUCCUAUGCUCUAGAGACCACAGCCUCGUGGGCUGCCCAUCCCGAGACAGCUGUUCCAAUGCUGGUCACUUCCUCUGGAGUGCCAGGUCCAGCAGUUUCCUGGGCCACCACCCCUGCAGAGUCUAGACCAACACCUGGUGGUCCCCAGAGUGAAUCAGAGACCUCGGCCCCAGCGACCACCAGCCUUGGGGCAGCAGCCGUGUCAGCUGGCACACCACAUGCGGCCACCUCGCCGGCCGCUGGUCCUUGGACGCAGGCCAGUGCCACGGUGACAGUGUGGACCCUCUCUUCUGCUGGACCAGAGACCACAGGCUUGUUGACCACCCCCUCCAGUGCAGAGACAGGCACAUCCUCUCCUGCCUCCACGGCUGCUCCUUACUUACCGGAGACCACAACCUCACUGUCCGCCUGGCCCAUGUCGGAGGCUCGGACAGCACUUCCAACUCCGACUGUCUCCUUUGGUGAGCCGGAAACAACGGCCUCUCUCAUCCCCACGCUUGUGACUGAGACCAGCAGAGCCAGCAUAAGCCCGGCGGUCUCAGCUGGCCGUCCUGCAGAAGCGGCCCCUCUCUCCCCACAGCCUGGGACAGAGGUCAGCUCAGCGAUUUCAACUCCAACCCUUUCUCCGGGUUCAGCAGAGGCCAGCACAAGCCAAGCGAUUCUGACCACUCCCCCUGGGGUGCUCACACCGGCAGGCACCCCCAUAACAGCCAGCGCACCUCGUACUGGAACUUCCCAGGGUGCAGAAACCUCACCCCCCGGGAGCUCAGUUGGGCCUCCAGAGUUUUCCACGACAGUUGAGGGGCACACUGUGGCCUUGACAGCAUCAGAGACCCCAACACCUCCGAAAACCAGUCACGGAGGAGGGCCGAAUCCAACCACCCUGCUGAAAGCCACAACUCUCGAGACCACUAAUGUGGCUACCGUGAGGUCAGGCUCCACCACGGCCAGGACCACAAGCACCUCCAGUGCCCUGCCUGGAAGGCCUCUCGCCCCCCUGGCCACUCCCGAGACCUCGACCCUGGCCUCUGUGAGUGCGACUUCAGGAACAACUCUGGUGACCCCCACCUCUGCUCCAGGACCCUCAGCAUCGCUGACCAUCCCCAGCUCUACAGCUGCAGGUGCUGGCCCAGCUCUGGUUCCAUUUACACUCAACUUCACCAUCACCAACCUGCUCUGUACCGCAGACAUGGAGCACCCAGGCUCUGCAAAGUUCAACUCCACCGAGAAGACCCUCAAUCUCCUGCUCGGGCCCUUGUUCAAGAACACCAGCGUGGGCCCCCUGGACUCCGGCUGCAGACUGUCCCGCCUCAGGUGAGGCUUCCUUUCCUUACAACACAAAGAGGUUCCCUGGCACCCCCGGCUCU